AUGAGGCCCAUCCCAUCUCCUUCUAGAUUGCUCGGGAGGAUUCGUCGACAUGACGGCAUGGGGAAGCCCUGGCCGCGAAAAAGCGGGCCCGCCGAGAUGCUCCUGAAUGAUCCACGUCGCGCGCUGGAUAUGGAUAAAAGCAAAUCUCGAGCAGCACUUGGCAACGUGAAGGGCGACCCAUCACAUUCUACAGCCGCAGGCAUGGUAAUCGUCAUUUCGGCUGCCAACGAAGCAUACAGCUGA